CAUACCGGGGCCCUGAACAAGCUGUCACAAUCAGGAGCAUGAAUUUGUCCUGCUUCAUGCCAUCAUCUGACGCUCCCAUCCUCGCGAUCGCAUAAUUUCUCUUGUGUGGGCACCCCCUCGUUACACAUUCGCUCCUUACUCUGCUGCUGAAGCUGCGGCUUCACCGAACCACCCACCAUGGCUUCGUCACCAAGUAUGCUUACCAAGUUCGAGUCGAAAUCGUCCCGAGCUAAGGGCAUUGCCUUCCACAGCAAACGACCAUGGAUUCUAGUAUCCCUGCACUCGUCCACGAUUCAGUUAUGGGACUAUCGCAUGGGUACCUUGAUAGACCGGUUUGAAGAACAUGAUGGUCCCGUUCGCGGUGUCGAUUUUCACAAAACUCAACCUAUGUUCGUCUCUGGCGGUGACGACUACAAGAUCAAAGUAUGGUCGUUACAGACAAGACGGUCUAUUGCAACACUGGUAGGCCAUCUUGAUUAUGUGCGUACCGUGUUUUUCCACCAGGAAAUGCCUUGGAUUCUCUCCAGCUCCGAUGAUCAGACGAUACGCAUAUGGAAUUGGCAGAAUAGAAGCUUGCUAUGCACUUUGACUGGACACAACCACUAUGUCAUGUGUGCUCAAUGGCAUCCAACGCAGGACCUUAUCGCAUCUGCUAGUUUGGACCAAAGUGUGAGAGUGUGGGACAUAUCUGGGCUAAGAAAGAAGCAUUCGGCACCAACAUCUAUGUCAUUCGAAGACCAGAUGGCACGAGCGAAUGCACAGGCGGAUGUUUUUGGCAACACGGAUGCCGUGGUCAAAUUUGUUCUUGAAGGGCAUGACCGUGGCGUCAAUUGGGUAUCAUUCCACCCAACACUCCCGCUGCUUGUCUCCGCAGGCGAUGACCGAUUGGUAAAGCUUUGGCGUAUGAGCGAGACGAAGGCUUGGGAGGUUGACACAUGCAGAGGCCAUUUCCAGAACACAUCUUGUUGUCUGUUCCACCCACAUCUUGAUCUCAUUCUCAGCGCAGGCGAAGACAAGACCAUUCGAGUGUGGGACCUGAAUAAACGAACCUCUGUGCAGUCUUUCAAGCGGGAAAAUGAUCGUUUUUGGGUUCUUGCUGCACAUCCUACGAUUAACCUUUUCGCUGCUGGGCAUGACAACGGCGUUAUGGUGUUCAAGCUUGAGCGGGAAAGACCUGCUGCAACUGUCUAUCAAAAUCAACUUUUCUUCAUCACUAAGGAGAAGCACGUUCGGGUUUACGAUUUCACGAAGAAUACUGAGAGUCCAUCCAUGCUGUCGCUUAAGAAAUUUGGACAGCCAUGGCAGCCACCAAGAACACUAUCUUUCAACCCAGCGGAGCGUGCUGUAUUAGUCACGUCAAGUCUAGAUGGCGGCUCAUAUGAACUCGUCAGUCUUCCUCGAGACGCCAGUGGAGCUGUGGAACCCACAGACACAAAAAGAGGCUCCGGUAAUUCGGCUAUUUUCGUUGCACGCAAUCGUUUUGCGGUUUUCAGCAAGCAAAAUCAACAGAUCGACAUUAAAGAUCUCUCAAAUAGCACCACAAAAACCAUAAAGCCCCCUCCAGGUACCACGGACAUAUACUUCGGUGGGCCAGGCUGCUUACUUAUACUCACGCCGACCAGUGUUGUGCUCUACGAUAUUCAACAGAAGAAGGAGCUUGCAGAGCUUGCAGUGAGUGGCGUCAAGUAUGUCGUUUGGAGCACAGAUGGCCUGCAUGCUGCUUUACUCAGCAAACACAAUGUCACAAUUGUCACGAAAAAUCUGCAGCAGGUCAGUACAUUGCACGAGACGAUCCGGAUCAAGAGUGCUGCUUGGGACGAUGCCGGUGUUCUGUUGUACAGCACGCUCAACCACAUUAAAUAUACUCUGAUGAACGGAGACAAUGGUAUUGUCAGAACUCUUGAACAAACUGUUUACCUUGCGAAGGUGAAAGGAAGGAAUGUUUACUGCCUGGACCGAAGUGCCAAGGUGAAGAUUAUAACCAUCGAUCCUACGGAGUACCGUUUCAAACUUGCCUUGGUAAAGCGGAAUUAUGAUGAGAUGCUCAACAUCAUCCGCACAUCGAGCUUGGUCGGUCAGAGUAUCAUUUCUUACUUGCAGAAGAAAGGAUACAGUGAAAUUGCGCUGCAAUUCGUCCAAGAUCCGCAGACUCGAUUUGAUCUUGCUAUUGAAUGCGGAAACCUGGAUGUUGCCGUGGAAAUGGCGAAGCAGAUUGAUCGACCACAAUUGUGGCAGCGGUUGAGCAACGAGGCCCUUGCCCAUGGUAACCACCAAAUCGUCGAGAUGACAUACCAGAAAUUGCGUUACUUCGAUAAGCUCUCAUUCUUGUACCUCUCAACAGGCGAUCGGGACAAACUUAACCGCAUGCAAAAGAUUGCAGAGCAUCGUGGCGACAUGACAGCUCGUUUCCAGAACAGCCUCUAUCUUGGGGAUAUCGAGAAUCGUAUCGAAAUGUUCAAGGAGCUUGAUUUGUAUCCGCUUGCGUAUCUCACUGCAAAAGCGCACGGAAUGGAUGAGGAAGCAGCAUCUCUAUUGGAGCUUUCCGGUUUGACAGAGGAACAGAUCAGCGUCCCGAGCACAGCUACACCUAAUCCUAUCCCAUUGGCGUCUGUUCGAACAUAUCUUGCCAACUGGCCAACCAAGACGACGUCGUCAACCGCAUUCGAGAAAGUACUCUUUGGCCAAGAUGGCGGUGAUGAUGACGGUGCUGCCAAUGCAUACGGCGAAGAAGAUCUUAUUGAGCCAGAAACUCCUGCUGACAGGAAUGGAGGUCUUGAUGAUGAGGAGGAGGAUGAAGGCGACGCAGAAGGCUGGGAUAUGGGCGAGGAUGUUGAAGCAGAGGCAGAGAGUGACUUUGUCAAUGUCGAAGCUGUUGAGGCCGGUGCUGGAAGUAGCGAAGCGGAUCUGUGGGCUAGAAACUCGCCAAUUGCUGCAGACCAUGUUGCUGCUGGUUCAUACGAAUCAGCAAUGCAGCUGCUGAACCGCCAGGUUGGCGCUGUCAACUUCAAGCCACUCCAAUGGCGCUUCGCAGAGAUCUAUCAGGCCUCGAAAACAUUCUUGCCUGCCAGUCCUGGCUUAGCCCCGCUCGUUAACUACGUGCGACGCACAGUAAACGAGACUGAUUCGAGAAAGGUUCUCCCCAUUAUUCCGCGCGAUCUGGAGUCUAUUCUCAACACUGAGUUCCAGGCUGGGAAGACACAAAUGCGCACAAACAAACUUGAGGAUGGCGUGCAAACAUUUAGGAAAAUUCUGCAUUUGCUGCUCUUGAAUGCGGUCUCGUCAACAGCCGAAGUAAACGAGGCAAAGAAACUCAUUCACACAGCCGCUCAAUAUGUCCUGGCCAUGACCGUUGAACUCGAGCGCCGCAAGCUGAUAAACAACAGCCAGGAUGUGUCAUCUUUCGAUGAUGAAACUAAGAAGCGUGCAUUCGAGCUCUCGGCAUAUUUCACGAUUCCCGAGAUGGAGCCAGCACAUGUUACUCUUGCGCUUUUCUCUGCAAUGAACUUUGCGCAUAAGAAUAAACAACUCUCUUCGGCACUCAGUUUCGCCAAUUCUCUGAUUGAAAAAGGCACAAACACAAAAUUCAAGGAGACAGCCAAGAAGAUCAAGACAGUUUGCGAACGUAACCCGAAUGAUGCUAUUGACAUCGACUUUGAUCAGUUUGCGGAUUUUGAGGUCUGCGGCGCAUCGCACACGCCUAUAUAUGGUGGAUCGCCAAGCGUUUCCUGCCCGUACGACGGUGUGAAGUACCACUCGAAGUAUAAGGGCACGGUCUGCAAGGUUUGCGAGGUUGCACAGAUCGGUGCACCUGCUAGUGGUCUACGCUUGUUUCUGUGAGCGGUAAGAGAUGAUGUGUUGAACGAUACCACGAGCAUGGUGGACGUGACGCGUAUGGCUCUCAUUUAGCGGGAAUGGCGCAUAGAAGCAAACGAAGUGAUCUCUCAUACUGCAUUUCUGAUGAGGCCGAAAUAAAUAGUGAAAGGGACGACAGGAUUAGCUAGAACCAGCGAGAUAAGAAUUUGAGACGUUCAAGUACUUCCACGAGAGCGUUUGCAAUCGUUGUUAGCUUUUGUUUUGUCGAGGUUUU